AUGGCUAAUCGCACAGUCAAAGAUGCACAUACAGUCCAUGGAACGAAUCCUCAGUAUCUUCUAGAGAAAAUCGUUCGAAGUCGAAUUUAUGAGUCGAAGUUCUGGAAAGAGCAUUGCUUCGCUCUUACAGCUGAAUUACUUGUUGAUAAAGCUGUGGAACUUCGUUAUGUUGGUGGUGUGUAUAGUGGAAGUGUUAAACCAACUCCUUUUUUGUGUCUUACACUAAAAAUGCUUCAAAUUCAACCGGAUAAAGAUAUUGUUAUUGAAUUUAUCAAGCAGGAACCAUACAAAUACGCUCGUGCUUUAGGAGCAUUUUAUCUUAGACUAGUUGGUGAUUCUGUUGAAAUAUAUAAAUAUCUUGAAACGCUGUAUAACGAUUUUCGGCGUUUAAAAUUUCAAGAUAAAAUGGGAAAUUUCAGUUUAAUUUACAUGGAUGAUUUUAUUGAUCAGCUGCUCACUGAGGAACGUGUUUGUGAUGUUAUAUUACCUCGUCUUCAAAAACGUGAAGUUCUUGAAGAAUUAAAUGGGUUAGAACCACGCCAAUCACUUCUAAAUGAAGAUUUAGAAGACUUACAGUAUGUUGAGGAGCUGGAAGCCUUGAACCAUGAAGAAAAUUACAAAUCUAAGGAUAAAGAGAAACACAGGAGACGAGACUACGGGAAAGAGAACCAUCACCGACGAAGACAUCGUGAGGAGUCACCUCAUGCUGAACGUAGAGAGAGAGACCGAGAUCAUAUAUCAUCAAGACAUAAAGAUCGCGAAGACUAUGAACGUAAACACGAUCGCGAUAAAGGUCAUAGACGUAGUCAUUCUGGAGAUCGUCGAAAUGGCCGGUCUAAACGUGAUGAUAGUCGUUCACCAGAUCAUAAACGGGCUCGAGACAAAGAUCGUGAUAGACGGUAUUAA